AUGGUGAUGUUACAGUCGCCAGUGCAAAAGCCUAGUGACAAUAUUGGUGCACAACCCACCGCCGUCGGUGGCCUAAUGAGUCCCAACUCCAAUCCCGAUUCGCCCAAGUCCAACAGCUCGCCAGAGUUGGCGAAUGCGGCGGGAAAUGUGCCAGUUGCCGCCGAUGUGUCCGUGGCCAGCAGCGCCGCCAAUGCCACACCACCAAAAAUACCCAAGUUUAUAAUAAGCGCCAGUGGAUCAACUGCCAAGCAGGAACAGGAACUGCGCUAUUCCAUUGAGCGGCUCAAGCAGAUGACAAGUGAAACUGGGCUGCUCAGUCGGCUGAGUCCCACGCACGAAGAGGGCGACAAGGAGAAGCUCAACAACAAUAACAACAACAACAACACUUUGACCAACAACAACAACAAUAACAAUUGUAAUUCACGUCGCUCACAGUCGCCGCCUGGCAGCGUCGGCAGCUUCUCGUUGCCAGCGCAACAGCGAAAGCUGCUCGAGCUGAAUGCCGUGCGUCAUUUGGCGCGACCGGAGCCACUGCAGCAUCCACAUGCGGCACUGUUGCAGCAGCAUCCACACCUGCUGCAGAAUCCACAGUUUCUGGCAGCAGCCGCCGCUCAGCAUCAUCAUCAGCAGCAGCAGCAGCAACAUUUACAUCAUCAUCAUCAGCAACAUCCUACACAUCCGCAUCCACAUCCACAUCAUCCGGCUGCGGGUGUUUAUCAUCUGCGUGCUCCGACCAGCGGCACUACUGCACCACCAUCACCCGCUACUUCACCGCUGUCGCCACCCACAUCGCCCCACGCCGGCAACAGUCAAGCGACACAUUCCGAGCCACAAACUGGUUCCCCUUCGGCAACGGCUCAUUCCGCGCUUCCAGCUCCACAGAAUCCACCGUCGUUGCCACCACCGGCACAGCCCUUGCAGCUGCAUCCUGUACUGGGCAACAUUAGCCCCACAACCGCCAAUGACAUGGAUCUGGAACGCAUUAAACUGGUCGCUGCGGUUGCUGCACGCUCCAAUCACAAUCAAGCGCCCAGCACAUCCAUUUCUGCCUCUGCCUCCGCCUCUGCCUCCGCCUCAAUUUCCGCAGCUGGAGCGGCCUCGAGCAGCUCCGCCUCCGCCUCUGCCUCGCCCACUGGCCGCGACUUAAGUGAUUACGGCUUCAGAAUACAACUGGGUGGCUUGGCGGCGGCAGCAGCUGCUGCGGCAGCCACAUCCCGUCAGAUUGCAGCGGCUAAUUAUGCGCGCAGCGACACGAGUGAGGAACUCAAUGUGGAUGGCAACGAUGAAGACAGUAAUGAUGGCUCGGGAUCGCACAGCACGCCUUCGGUCUGCCCCGUUGAUCUGACGCGUUCUGUGCCCAGCGGUGUGAGCAAUGCCAACUCGGCCUCGACCAGCGGGGGCAGCGACAGGGAGGCAGCAACGAAGCGACUGGCCUUCUCCGUGGAGAACAUUUUGGAUCCCAACAAAUUCACGGGCAACAAAUUGGCAGCAACAACGCCUCCCUUUGGACAUCCGCGCCAGUGGAGCUAUGAGCGGGAUGAGGAAAUGCAGGAGCAUCUGGAUGAUGAGCACAGCGAGGAUAUGUCUGCUCAGGAUCUCAAUGACAUGGAUCAGGAUGAUAUGUGUGAUGAUGGCAGCGACAUUGACGAUCCCAGCAGUGAAACAGACUCCAAAAAAGGCGGCAGUCGCAAUGGCGAUGGCAAAUCUGGCGGAGGAGGCGGUGGAGGUGGCUCCAAGCCACGACGUGCUCGCACCGCCUUCACCUACGAGCAGCUUGUAUCCCUGGAGAACAAGUUCAAGACUACCCGAUAUUUAAGCGUCUGCGAACGCUUGAACUUGGCCCUCAGCCUUAGCCUGACCGAGACACAGGUCAAGAUCUGGUUCCAAAAUCGUCGCACCAAGUGGAAAAAACAAAAUCCUGGCAUGGAUGUGAACAGUCCGACGUUGCCGCCACCAAAUGGCGGCUCCUUUGGACCCGGUGCCUAUGCCAGCAGUCUGCUUUAUCCCCAUGCCGUGCCCUAUCCGCCCUAUGGACCAUACUUUCAUCCCCUGGGCGCUCAUCACUUGAGUCAUUCGCACUCAUAAAAUUGCAAGAUGCAACAGCGUUUGUUGCAACUCUUCGAUAAGCGUGCCAAGGGUGCGGGGGCAGGACCAGGACUAGGACCAGGGCCAGGUCCAGGGAUGGGUCCUAUUGGCGAGGCGCCUUAAGCACACAUUGUAAAUGUCAAAUCGCUUUAAAUGUUGUCGUCGCACUUG